GCACUUGACAAUUAUGGCGCGAAGCAUGCUGCUGGGGCAAAGUUCCUUCUUACAGUGGCGUCCCCCGCUGAUCCGCAAAAGAUCAGUACUCUUCAUCUUAGAGACAUGGACCCCUAUUUGGACUUCUGGAAUCUUAUGACUUACGACUACGCAGGAGGUACCUUUUCGGAGUACACUGGGCAUCAGGCAAAUAUAUUCAAGAGUAGCUCUAACCAGCAGUCCACGCCAUUUAAUACCCAAGAGGCAAUCGACAGCUAUCUUAAUGGAGGAGUGAUAGCGAGCAAAAUUGUUCUGGGUAUGCCUCUUUAUGGCCGGGCGUUCGUGAAUACUUUGGGACCUGGCAAACCCUUUUCUGGCAUAGGAGAAGGUAGCUGGGAGGAUGGUGUCUGGGACUAUAAGGCGCUGCCGCGGCCAGGGGCCGAAGAACACACAGACGCCAAUAUAAUAGCCAGCUACAGUUACGAUUCAGAGCGGACCUUUAUCAGCUACGAUAACCCUCUGGUUACAGAGUUCAAAGCGGAAUACAUCAGGCUAAACGGGCUCGGAGGUGCCAUGUAG